AUGUCAGCGGUGACCAAUCAGCCUCUUCCCUUUGGUGGACUGGAGCGAGAGAAGCACAUCCAGAAGAUCUUCAGAGCUUUCCAGAACCACUGUGGGCCCUCAUGUGAGUGCCACACUCACUCACCUGGACCCAAACGCCACCAAACGCCUCCAGACUGGGAAUCUGGUGAGCAGCUGUCAGGUCUGGCUCCUGGGAGGAAGAUGGAGAACUGCUACACGCAGCCACCAGGGAAAGUGAGCAGACCAGGGGUGGAGGAGCAGAGGCCUGGAGGUGCAGCAGGAUCACACUUUAUGUCUGUGCUGGAAACAGUCAGUCAGAUACAAAUCACUGCCAGACCAGAGCUGCAAGGUCCACAGUGUGUUCCCAGGAGGGUUUACAGCAUCACCACAGGAAGCAGCAGGUCCCAGUUAUUUGUGGCUAUGGAAGAGAGUUCUUGUGUGUGCCUCCAGUGUUGCGGUCCAGCUCGGGCCUGUUCUUUGCAGGGCUUCGACUGCCAGGGCCGGCAGGUCUUUUAUUUUGAAAGGCCCCUUAGGGUGGAUGCCUGCUGCCUUGGCUGCUGCCUGAUGGAGAUCAGGGCCUACACACCUCAAAAACAUCUCAUUGGCACCGUAUGUCAGAGGUGGAGCAUGUUCACCCCUCUCCUGGAAAUGUGUGACUCAGAAGGAGCAUCGACCUUCAGAAUCCAGGGCUCCUGCUGUCCAUACCGCUGCUUCUCCAACCAACAGUUCCAGAUUGUCUCCAGCAUUGGUGAGAAGAUUGGAACGAUAUGGAAGAAAUGGCCUGGCUUCAAUGACGAACAUAACAUGGACCAUGAAUACUUUGGGUUGGAGGUGCCGUUGGAUAUGGAAUCACACAAUAAACUGCUGCUGCUGGCAGCCACUUUCCUGUUGAAUUACAUGUUCUUUGAAAUGAGCUGAUUAAUGAAAAGGAUCAAUCAAGACGUUGAAAGUGGGCUGUAACUAGUGAGGAACACCAGCCGAGUCACUUUAUAGUACAAGACACUGCCUCAUUUAAUUGCAUUUGAAAUAUAACAGUUGAAACAUCUGUUUCAACAUACAUUUAUUAAAAGUAACUGACACUGAACAAGCUUUAGCA